CGUAUGUUCGAAGCUAACCUCUUCGCCAUUAGGCUAUGUGAACCGUUCGCGGGGAGCCGACGGCGGGGAAGAUUAGGGGCUGCUUUUUAUACCCUUUGCUUCCUGCCAUCAUGCCAUCUUUCCUCUCGGAACUCUUCCCGCCCGCGACCAAGUUCACCGCGGACGAUGUGCCGGAUAUGACGGGCAAAGUUGUCAUCGUCACUGGGGGGAAUGCAGGGAUAGGGAAGGAGUGCACGAAGAUACUGCUCGGCAAGAACGCAAAGGUCUACAUAGCGUCGCGUGACGAGGCAAAGGCCAAACGCGCGAUAGAGGAGCUGAAGGGGGUCACAGGGAAGGAGGCGCUUUUUCUCCGUCUGGAUCUGGCCAACUUGCGCAAGGUCAAGACGUCCGCGGAGGAGUUUCUUUCGAAGGAGAGCGAGCUUCAUGUACUGUUUAACAACGCUGGCGUCAUGAGCUGCCCCAUCGACUAUGUCACCGACGACGGCUACGACAUGCAGUUCGGGACCAACGUCCUCGGUCACUUCUACUUCACGAAGUUACUCCUCCCCGUCAUUCUUUCCACAGCGGAGAAGGCGCCCAAAGGAUCCGUCCGCGUCGUCAACGUAGCGUCCAACGCCCAUCUAUUUAGCGACGUCAAGUUUGAAUUGUUGAAGGACUCGCCCGCUCGCAGGAAGCGGAGGACCGAGCUGCUCUAUGGGCAGAGUAAGACUGGAAACAUUCUCCUUUCGAACGAGCUCGCCCGGAGGUAUGGCCAUCGGAUCGUCAGCAUCUCUCUCAAUCCGGGUGCCAUAAAGACAGAGCUUCAACGCCACAGCGGCGCGGCUCUCACAGCUAUUCUGAACUGGCUCGUCCUUAAGGACGUCUCCUUUGGCCCGCUCACACAGCUGUACGCCGGUACGUCCCCGGAAGCCGCAGCAAUGAACGGAAAGUACCUGAUCCCCUGGGCGCGUGUCGGAGCGCCGGCCAAGUACGCUCAAGAUUCGGACAAGGCAGCUAAGCUGUGGGAUUGGUUGGAGGAGCAAGUGAAAGAUAUAUGAGUCGCGCUCCCUUCGCGUAUGGAUAGGUUUCCGCGCGUGGUAGCCUAUAACAGGCUGACGUUUAACGUUUCUAGCGUUUGUAUUUAUAAUGAUACCUUAUCUUAACGUUGUGAUGAGGUAUCCUCAUCCACCGCGUAGAUUAGUAAAACUUACGCAUUCAAUCAUUUACAAGGUCGCUCUUAUUGUAGGACGUCUCAUUUAGUCCACUCACGCACCUGUAUGCUGGCACAUCCCCGCAUCGAUGAAUGGGAAGGUGCGUUACGUACAAACCG